UCCCGCUCAAAUCAUCCCCAAAAAAAUUUGCAUCCUCGAUGGCGAUGGCGAUGGCGAUGGCGGAUGACGACGAGAAGCGCAUCGCCGGCGAGAUUGCUAGGGUCCUCGACGAGUGCCGAAUCUCUCUCGCAGUCCACUCCCGCAAGAUCAAGGAGCUCUCCGCCCUCCGCUCCUCCGCCGGCGGUCCCUUCUUCCGCGCCUUUUCCCGAGCCCUAACCCCUCUCUUCGACUUCCCCCGUCGCACCGUAUCCUCCGAGCGCUCCAUCCGGUUUGUCUCCUCCUUCGCUGCCCACCGAGAUGGGAGGGACACUGCAACAUCCGAUGCUUUCCUGGAGGAGUUCCUCCGGUUCCUCCUCCUCGCUGCUGCUUCCGCCCACCGGGCCGCCAGGUUCCGCGCCUGUCAAAUCAUCUCCGAGAUAAUUAUGCGGCUCCCAGAUGAUGCAGAGGUGAGCGAUGAGUUGUGGGAUGAGGUAUUAGAUAGCAUGAAGCAACGUGUAGGAGACAAAGUGCCAGCAAUUCGUGGAUUUGCUAUCCGAGCUUUAUCACGCUUUGCAAAUGGCGGAGAAGAUAGUGACAUUGUUGUUCUUUUUCUUGAAACUCUUCCUGGAGAAACAAAUUCUGAGGUUCGCAAGUCUAUAGUCUUAUCUCUGCCACCAUCAGACAUGACGUCUGAGGCUAUCAUCACAUCAACCCUUGAUGUUAGUGAGUCAUUGCGGAAAGCAGCAUACCUUGUCUUGGCAAGUAGAUUUCCACUUCCAACUCUUAGCAUUAAGCAAAGGAGCAUUAUCCUUCAGAGAGGGCUUUUAGAUCGAUCUUCAUCUGUAUUGAAUGAAUGUUUGAAGAUGUUGAAGGAUUGGCUUACAAAGUGCUGCAAUGGGGAUCCAAUUGUUCUUUUGAGAUUUCUUGAUGUUGAAACAUAUGAAUCAGUAGGAGUGCUAGUUAUGGAAACUCUCCUGAAAAAUGGUAUGGUGCAAGAACAUCAAAGUAUCAGACAACAUUUGGCAUCCAGCAGAACUAGUGAAGAAGGAAACGGUUCAGGCAUUGAGCUAAUAGAAGCUGAAGUUGCUCUUUAUUGGAGGACCCUAUGCUGGCAUUUACAAAGUAAAGCUCAAAUAAAAGGUACUGAUGCCGCUAGUGCCAUGGGCACAGAAGCAGCAAUAUAUGCAUCAGAAGCUUCAGACAAUAAUGACCUUUUAGAGGCAAUCCUUCCGGCAACAGUGUCCGCCUUUGUUGAUUUGGUAAAACUGCAUCUAUCAGCUGGUCCAAAUCACCACUUCACUGCCCGUCAGCUAUUACUACUCGGGACAAUGCUCGAUUUCUCAGACUUGACAAACAGGAAAGUUGCUAGUGAAUUUGUUAAUGAACUUUUACUGACGCCUCUUGAAUUCGAAGUUGAUGAGGAUGGGAAUAAGAUUGUCAUUGGUGAUGGAAUCAGUCUCGGUGGAGAUAAGGAAUGGGCAAGAGCAGUAGCAGAACUGGCUAAAAAAGUGCAUGCUUCAGUGGGUGAAUUUGAAGCAGUAAUUACUGGUGUUAUUAAGGUGCUUGCCCAGCCUUGCAGAGAUAGAACUGCUGACUUCAUAAACUGGAUGCAUUGUCUUGCAGUUACUGGUCUUCUUUUGGAAAACAUUAAUAAUAUUUGGAGCCUAAAAGGCACUGGCAUUGAACCUUCUGAGCUUCUACAUGCUUUACUGCUUGCUGGGGCACAACAGAGCCAUACUGAUGUACAAAGAGUUGCAGUAAGAUGCAUUGGCCUCUAUGGACUUCUAGAAAAUAGAUUGACUGGAGAGCUAGUUACACAACUAAGAUCUUCCUUUGUAAAUGGUGCUGCUUCAGUAAGAAUCAUGACAGGCAAGUCGAUGUUGGAUUUGCUGGCAUGGCAUGGUCCUCAAGAACUCGAUAAAGCAAUUGGGAUAGAUAUUAGUCAGUCUAAUAAUGAAAAAGGAUUUAUUUCUAUCAACUCCUUAAAUUUGAUGGAGGAUACCAACGUAGGCUUGCUUGAUUUGCUUUACUAUGGACUGAACGCUGAUAACAAUGGUGAACUUGGUGAUGCUGAUGAACAUGAGAGUGUCCAUUCUGUUCUUGCUGAAGGCUUUGCUAAAAUUCUCCUUUUGAGUGAGAAUUAUCCAAGUAUUUCUACUAGUUUACAUCCUUUGGUCUUAACCAGACUCAUAAAGUUGUACUUUUGUGAUGAAACUAAGGAAUUACAAAGGUUAAAGCAAUGCUUGUCCAUAUUUUUUGAGCAUUAUCCUGCCCUCUCGUGCAUUCACAAGAGGUGUAUCUCCACUGCUUUUAUUCCUACGGUGAGAUCUUUCUGGCCGGGUAUUUAUGGUAAUUCUAGUGGUUCUUCACUCAUUGUGUCGAAAAUGAGAAAGAGAGCAUUAUUAGUUGCACGCUUCAUGUUACAAAUGAUUCAAGUCCCUCUUUUGUCAAAAGAAUCCAAGGAGGAUGAAUCCAACAAAGUGAACUCUGAAAGCCAUUCUUGCUCACUCCAAAUGUCUGAUGAUUUUGACGAUGGGAUGGAAGGAAUCGCCAUUCGCAUUGCUGCAGAGGUUGCAAGCUUCUCAGAGAAGAAAACAUCUGCAGGAAAAUCUUAUAUGCUGGCACUGUCUCGGCUAGCAACUUCAAUUCAGUUCCGCGCAUCUGAGCAACAUUCUAUCAAGUGUAUGAGGAACCUAUUGAAUACCAUGAGCUAUUUAGUAACAGGGGACAAAGAUAUCAUCAAAGAGUUCAAUCUUAUGGCAACGCGCCUCAAAUCUCUUGACAAACAUCCCGAUGAAGAAAUAUCAGAGGAUCAAUUAGCCACUAUUUUCGGGAAGUUGGGACUGGAGUGGAACCCAAGCAUUACAUCCGCAACCUUCCCUCCAACACCUGCACAACGGUCUGCUAGGAGUGCUCCGGCCAGGCGGCAAAGGGUAAGGCGUGAAGUUUCCUCGUCUGAUGACAAUGACAGUGCUGAGGACAAUGCUGCAAGUGUCUCUGUGGCCCCGAUGACUGCGAGCCGGAUCAGCGGGCGGUCUCAGAGGGCGAGCAAGACUGCAGCAAUCAGCAAGAUGUCAACCAAACUCCGAACUGAAUUCUUGUCUGACAAUGAAGAGGAUGAGGAGUCAGAUGUGACAGCAGCAGCAGAAGAAGAGCCUUCUUCAGAAUGAAAUGUUUUGUAUCGACAUUGAAUAUUUGCUCUUGUUUAGUCUUGCUUUCAAAGUGUUAUGAACUUGGUUGCUAGAUUAUCUGCCAAAUUGCAAAUUUGUUAUAGAUUAGAUGAUAAAAUAUGUCCAUGCUAAAUGUGAUCCA